AUGCGUUCUUGGUUUGUAUUGAUAUUAUUUGGGAGUCUUCUCGUACAGAUUCUUAGCAGACCACAACAGGCCGAGUACAGUAAUGACAGCGGCGAUGUGGAUGAGGCAGAAGAAGAAGAAGAGAGUGAACCAACUGCUGAAGACCUUCUGAGCGAAGAAGAUGAAUCACGCCUGACUGAGAAUGAACCUGGUGUUCAAGAGGAGGGAGAGGUACCGCGCAGUAGACACCUGCUCGAUUUAACAGAGAGCCGGUAUCUACAACGCAACUCCGCCGAUGACCGCCUCGCCCGAACCAAAACGGAUAAUGACCUCACAGAUUCUAAACUAGAUCGAAAUCGAGAAACUCGUGAAGACAGCCUCGAAGCCUCUCAUUUUAACGAACCUCUUCAACAAUUUCCUAGAAGUCGCCAAUCAAACACAUACAUCGAAUCUACUGACGAUCAGCAAGAAGCAACACAACAUUUAACCAAUCGUGAUGUCAACAAAUCCAAUCGUAUCAUACAGGACCCAGCAGAUAAUCAAAUCAAUAAAAGAACUGUCGAUUUUGAAGGUCCUUCCAACGAAGAAGGUGAAAUGUUGUUUGAAAAAAAUAGGGAUCAAGUAAACAAAGCUGAUAAGAACGGAUAUAGUAACAGUGAAGAUUCUGACCCUAAUGAUCAGUCACGGUAUUAUAAACGGUACUACAAUACCAUGCAGGCUGAAAAUAGAGAUAAUGUGAUCGAGGACAAAAGUAGUGACAGUGUAUCUUACACCUCUCGAGAUAGACGUGAUAUAAAGGAAGCUGACCCAGUAGAUACUCCAAAUGUAUCCAAUAAUCCAGGCAGUAAGGAAAACAACGAGAAAACAGACAGUGAGGAUGAAGAGACUGCAAUCAAAAGACACAUAAAAAAACUGUCUGGAGAGGAAUUAGACCAACUUCUGAAUUCACUUACCGAUGAAAAAAGGGAACUAUUGAAGAAGAUAAUCGAUGACGUAGAUGCAAGCGACAAUGCAUUCAUAAACAAACGAGAAAUAACGAAGAAAGCGGGAGCGGUUGAAGAAAAUAACUAUAUUGAAAACUGUCAAUCAGAUCUGAGUAAAGUACAAGGUGGUAGCCCUGUUUCAGAUAUAAAUACAGAACCAUCUCCAGUGUCAAAUAGUGAAACCACAGAAAUUAACAAUAAACAACCAGAAGGAGGACCUACUGAAGGUGUAGACUUAUCCACUCCAAAGAGCGCUGAAACCAGUGUUAGCACCGCCAAUAAAGUAGAACUACGUAACGAUGAAGGUAUUCAACAGAAAAAAUCAGACAGUAAUCUAAAUUCAUUUACUAUUAAUUUAGACCCGAAAAAUCAAGGCGAGAUUGUUGCUAAUGUCCAAGUUACAACGAAAACGGAAAAUAAGAGAGAAGUCAAUUUAGAAGAUUUGGAGGCAUUCGAUGAACCCAAGAUAUUAGAAAAUGAUUUGAACCUUCAAAAUGCACAAGACUAUGCUGGUGAACAGGGAUACUUCUGUCCUCAGGAAGAUAACUUAUCUAAAUUAGAUGACGACCAACAAAUUCGCCAAGAAGGUAAAACAUAUAAAAGGGAAGCUUAUCCUGAAAAACAACCUGACUUAUCAGAAUCUAUGAAAUCAUUGGAGGAAUCGUUCCCGAACUCAAAUUCGUAUGAAGAUUCAGCACCUUACUCUGGUCCAUUAGUAAGAGUAAAACGAAAAAAUUCGGACCAAAUCAUUAAAAAAAGGGCAGCUGGUCUUUUGCCAGAUGCUAAAGUAGCGUAUUUUCCAUACAAAGCAGAGAAUGAGGAUGAGGAUAACGACGAGGGUAAUGAGUUCGACGAUGAAGGUUUUUAUGAUCGCACUUCUAACUUUGCCAAUGGCAACAAAGGUUUAGAAGACGAGGUCGCCAAUGCCGAUAAUACUAUACCAGCUAAAAACAUUAUUGAUAACUCCAAACUACCACGUGAAAAUCUAGAAAGCGACACGAUGAGUCUCGGCUCAGAUACUGAUAGUGUUUUGUCUGGCGUGGAGGGCGUGGAUGACAAUCUUAUGUUUAGUAGUGGGACAAGAAACAGACGCACAGUUGAAAAUGACCCUAAUGGCUCACCGGAGGGCAAGUUAGAGCCAUCUACUUCAAUACUUGAAAGUGAAUUAAAAUCUGUUUCAGAAAAUUACUUCAAUGCUCCGCAAUAUCAAGAGAAUGAUGCAUUUGGAGCUCUCCCACGAAACUAUGACGGUGACUUAGCUAGAUACAAGAGAAUAAGACGGGUGAAACAAUCUCAUAAUACCCAGGAACUUGCUCCUUCUGAUGGCUAG